AUGGUAUCGCUCCUCCGCAACCCCCCAGCCGAGAUCGGCCCGAUGCCAUUUCCGCCCGCGCUCAUCGCACAAGGGCCGGCGUGUGCGGUGGCCGAGACGUACGCUUCAUCGCACCCUCUGUCGGCGCUGCAGCUGAUCAAUCCUCCGCUGUCGAUGCAGCGCGCGGCGCAGCGCUACCCCAGCCUCUUUCGGACGGCGCUGCCCGAGUUCGAUUUUGAGGCGCACUUUCCGGUGCGCGUCGUGUGGACCGCCGACGAACUCGCCGCACAGGCGCAGGAAGGCGUGCCGUGGUUCGAAGUCCACCGCAUCGAGCACCAGCGCGAGGAAGAGGCCGACGAGAGCCUGGAUCGGUACGAGUGGGCAUCGCUCGAGCACGGCGCCGAGGAUACACUGGAGUGGCUCGAGAGCGAAGUGGGACUUGAGGCGAUGGAGGAGUUUGCCGACGAGACGCCCGCCAGCGCAUUGCACGAGGACACAUCCCCAUCCACCGUGCCCCCAGGCACGCUCCCCCCGUGGUUCGUCGAGGGCGCCUACGAAUUCGCGCCGGAUGGCUCGAAAAAGAUGCCCGUCGUCCUCGACGAGACUCACCUGACCGAGCGCUUCAUCCGCGGCUCGGGGCCCGGCGGCCAGGCAAUCAAUAAGCUCGCAACGAACGUCGAGCUCGUUCACAUCCCCACCGCCCUCCGUAUCACCUGCCAGGCGACGCGCAGCCGCGAGCAGAACCGCGUCAUUGCGCGGCGGCUCCUCUCGCAGCGCCUCGAGUGGCUCGUAAAAAAGGACUGGGCACGCACCCCCCAAAGCGCCUCGCGCGCACUCGCCCCCAGUGUGCUCCAGUCCAAAUGGGACAAGGAGCGCCGCAAGAAGCAGAACAAGAAAAAGAAGCAGCGCCGGCGCGCCUCGUAG